AUGGCGAGCACAAAGCAGCUUGUUCCGGUCCUCGCCGUGCUCGUCUCAUUCCAUCUGCUCGUGUGGUGCAGCGCGGCGGCCCGGCACCACGCCAAGCCGGACCCGCCGUGCGGCUCUGGCGCCGACGACAACUCCGAGUCUGUCCCUGCAGGCAUGCACCACAAGGGUGGACACCCCAGCUGCUCGUCGCCGGCCGUGUCGAAGCGCGGCACCCCGGCGGUGAUGACUGUGAACGGGUUCCAGAAGGGCGAGAGCGGCGGCGGUCCCGCGGCGUGCGACGGCCAGUACCACAGCGACCACGACAUGGUGGUGGCGCUGUCCACGGGGUGGUACGCGGGCGGGCGGCGGUGCCACAAGCUGAUCCGCAUCACGAGCACGCGCACUGGCCGCACCGUGGAGGCCAAGGUGGUGGACGAGUGCGACUCCACGCACGGGUGCAGGCGCAACAUUGUCGACACGUCGCCCGCCGUGUGGAAGGCGCUCGGGCUCGACACCAACGUCGGCGUGGUGCCCGUCACCUGGUCCGACGUCUGA